UACAAACCACAUCUAAAAUUGUGCCUUAAAAAAAAACUCUAAAUAAAUAAAACCAUUUUUUUUUUUAACAAUAUUUUUCUGUUAAUUCACAAAUCGUUUUGAAAUUUUUCAUAAAUAAGGGGGCGUUGAAAUAAUAGUUAAACGUCAUUCGCGUGCAAAACAUUUCCUGCCCGAAUUUUUAUUCGCCCAGGCUUACUUGCAAUCGGGCUGUGCUACAAACCACAUCUAAAAUUGUGCCUUCAAAAAAACCUCUAAAUAAUUAAAACCAUUUUCGGUUAAGAUCAUAAUAAUGAACCGCGAUAAAGUCUUCAAAUCGCUUGCCGAACUAGAGGCUAGCUCCGAAAGCUCUGAAGAAUACGCAUCCAAUACAGACCGCAACUCGCAGAAGAAAAUGAUGAGUCGCGGUAACAACGUCUUACGCCAGAGAUCGCUAUCUGAUUCGGCUAUUGCAUACGGGAGUGAGGGAUUCAACUCUGAUCAUGAGGAAUCUGAUACAGACCGCAAUCCGCCGAACAACUUCAGACGCCAGGAAACAGGAGCUGAUUUGGCUAUGGCCUCCGGGAAUGAGGGAUCCAACUCUGAUUUUGAAGAACCGGAGGAUACAGACACCAAUGCGCCGGAGUUGAUGAACCGCGGUAGCAACUUUGAUCGCGAGGAAUCUGUACAUUCUUUGAUUGAGGAGUCCGAGGGCGAAACUUCAGGCUCUGAAAACAAGGCUCCCGAUGCAGACCUCAAUCCGCAGAGGGAGUGGUCUCAAAUGGAGAAAGAGAACGCCUUUGGCCGUUUAAAGAACGAGCGUAAGCGCAAGCGGGACCAAACACCUGACAAUUUGUCCCCAAAAAUGUAUCCAAAGAAGGAAAAAGCUUCCUUCAUUUGCAAGAAGGACGAGGCUAUGCGCUCUGUAGCUGAACUGGUAGUAAAAGUACCUAAUUCGGUUAUGGCAUCCGGGGAAGAAAAUGCCAACUCCGGAAAUAGUGCAUCCGAUUCGCAAGGCCGACGUUCCUGUGGUACAACCAUUGUGCCGAAUGAGGUCGAGGAGGGCGGAACAGUUAAGAAACAAAAUGGUUUUAAAUGUACUGUUUGCCUUAAAUUCCAACCCUAUUAAGAAUAAAAAA